GCUCAAUGGUGCAACUUUUGAUCAGUUAUUUUUGAAACACCGAAAGUGUUUGUCUAAAAAAUGGCACCAGCUUACAAAUUGACUUAUUUCGAGUACACAGGCCUUGCCGAAGUCUCCCGUUUCCUUAUGAAAUUCGGUGGAAUUGAUUUUGAAGACUGUCGGAUCAAAAUGGAAGAGUGGCCUCAACUGAAAGCCAAAUUUCCAUUCGGCCAAGUGCCUGUGUUGGAGUAUAAGGGAAAAAUUGCGUGUCAAAGCCUUGCAAUUGCACGAUAUUUAGCCAAACAAGUAAAAUUGAGUGGAAACGAUGAUUGGGAAAAUCUCGAAAUCGAUGCUACCAUUGACACCAUCAACGAUCUUCGCAUGAAGCUUGCAACUUGGUGGUUUGAGGCAGACGAGGCGAAAAAGAAGCUCAUUGUUGAGAAUUUCAAAAAAGACAAUUUGUCCUACUAUUUACCCCGUUUAGAGGCAAUCGUUAAAAAGAAUAAAGGCUUUUUGGCAGUUGGACGACUCACUUGGGCCGAUUUUUACUGGGCGACAAUUUCACCUGUUUUUGAUAUGGUCACAGGGAUUGACGCACUUGCUGAUUAUCCAGAAUUAAAAGCUGCCAGAGAAAGAGUUAACGCUUUACCAGCUGUCAAGAAAUGGAUUGAUGAGCGACCCAACAACCUCCACAUUAAUCCUCUCAGAUCCACACACAUUCUAGAAAAAUACUACAAAAACAUCAAACACACCAUUAAACAAAUAAGAGAUAACGCUUGGUGCUUGGUGGGUGCGUAUAAAAACCACCUCUCCAUUUCUGACCGGUUAGUUGUUCUUGAACCAGUGAAAGUGAAACAAACAAUGGCACCGGCAUACAAAUUGACUUAUUUCGACGGAAGAGGUCUUGCUGAAACCUCUCGUUUCCUCAUGAAAUACGGAGGAAUUGAUUUCGAAGAUUGCCGGAUCAAAAGAGAAGAAUGGCCUCAAUGGAAACCGAAAUUCCCCUUCGGUCAAGUGCCUGUCCUGGAGCACAAAGGCAAAGUUGUUGGUCAGAGCAUCGCAAUCGCCAGAUAUUUGGCCAAGCAAGUCAAAUUAGUGGGAAAUGACGAUUGGGAAAAUCUCGAAAUCGAUGCAAUCGUUGACACCAUCAACGAUCUUCGAAUGAAACAUGCGGCUUGGUUCUACGAGCCUGACGAAGCGAAAAAGAAGGUCAUUAUUGAGAAUAUCAAAAAGGACACUUUGCCCUACUAUUUGCCCCGUUUGGAGGAAAUCGUCAAGAAGAAUAAAGGAUUUUUGGCAGUUGGACGGCUCACUUGGGCCGAUUUUUACUGGGCGACCGUUUCACAAGUUUUCGAUGUGGUUAACGGGAUUGACACUCUUGCCAAUUAUCCGGAACUGAAGGCCGCAAGAGAAAGAGUUAAUUCUUUGCCAGCCAUCAAAAAAUGGAUCGAGGUGCGACCCAAGACUGAUUUCUAAUAACUUUAUUUAUUCUGUUCAGAAAUUAUGAAAAAUAUAUGUAUUACUUUUAAA